GAGACCGAGAGAGAGUGUGCGAGGAGGAAGAAAGGAAAGAAAAUCAUGUGGGAGGACUGACUAAGAAUGAAGCGUCGAUCGUGGGGGAGGGGAGACGAAGUUCAGAGAAGGGAGCGAGAGAAAAGAGAGAGCGGAAAAUGGUUUUGAGAAAUGGGUGCGGCGUCAUGGAGGGAGUGGAGGAGCGGCAGCCGGAGAAUGGCGGGGGCGGCGCUGCUGCUGCGAGCAGCGGGGGUGGCGUGUACGUGAAGGUGAUGACGGACGAGCAGAUGGAGCUGCUAAGACGGCAAAUCUCCGUCUACGCCACCAUAUGCGAGCAGCUUGUGGAGAUGCACAAGGCCAUCACUGCCCAACAGGAUUCCAUUGCCGGAAUAAGGCUCGGAAAUAUGUAUUGUGAUCCACUGAUGGGUGGUGGCCAUAAGAUCACCACAAGGCAGCGUUGGACACCAAGUCAGAUGCAGCUUCAAAUGCUUGAGAAUAUCUUUGAACAGGGAAAUGGAACACCAAGCAAGCAAAAAAUAAAAGAGAUAACCUCUGAACUGAUGCAACAUGGACCAAUUUCUGAGACCAACGUUUACAAUUGGUUCCAGAACAGGCGGGCACGGUCAAAGAGAAAACAACAAGUAGGUGCACCAAAUAACGUGGAAUCGGCAGCAGAGACAGAAGUGGAAUCACCAAAGGAAAAGAAAGCAAAAGUGGAGAACAUUCAUUCUCAUGACAAGCCGACUCUUCAUGUGGAUGACAUGAGCUACCACGGUCAAGAAGUCAGCUCAAAUAUUUAUUCACUGGAUCCUCAGUCCAGUAAAAUGCAGCACACGCAGUCAAGUGACAGCCUGAAGUCAUCCGGAAGUCUGAGUCCUUUCUCCUUCUUUGAGAACAUGCUGGCAAAUCCAAGGAUUGAGCAUCUUAUGGGGAAGAUGGAGAGCCAAGACUUUAGCCCAUUCCACACAAACGAUGGAUUUGAUGUGAUUGGGUGAUGUUAGUCACCUAAUCAAUUCUUUUGCCUUCAUAUAACUUUGCUUUUGCCUAACAGUUGAUAGAGCAGAUGGCUUUGAGAUAUUGGUAUACAUACAUGUCAGAGAACAUAGAUCAGCAUGAGUAUGACAGUUGGUAUAUAGUGCAUCCUGAUAGAGAUUGCUGGAUUUUGUAUCCAGUAGCAGCUAAUCCUCCAGUUGGGUGUUUUUUGUUCUUUGAUCAUUGUCUGCCUCCUUCGGUCGAUGUAAAGUUGAAUUUAGCCGAGUGGAUGACUUGUGUGCACUGUAACUUGGACGUCUGAUAGUGUGCUGUGGUAUCGGCCCUACAGAAUCCUUAAUUUGGUAGAAUUACUUGACUUUAUUUUGAUCAUUCUACUGCUGCCAUUCUGUUUAAUUGGGCUUGAGUUAACAUUAUUUCCA